AUGUUGUCCAAAGUACUCAAGUCAAGAAGUAUCAGAUCUUCAACACAAAAACUCAUGAGAUACAAGACGACACUCAGCUUGUCGUCAACAACGACAUCGUAUCCAACACAACACACAACUGCGCAGGAUGAGCCAUACUUUACUCCAAGCUUUAUCGAUAACAAAUUUGUCAAGUCGGAUUCGACCGAAUGGUUUGACAUUCACGAUCCAGCCACCAACAAUGUAGUCUCAAAAGUGCCACAAUCUACAGACGCAGAGUUGGAAGAGGCCAUUGCAAGCGCACACAAAGCUUUCCCAAGCUGGAGAGACACCUCGAUAAUCAAGAGACAGGGUGUUGCUUUCAAGUUUGCUGCAUUAUUGAGAGAAAACAUGGAUAGAAUUGCCAGUGUGAUUGUUCUCGAGCAAGGAAAGACAUUUGUCGAUGCCCAAGGCGAUGUCACGAGAGGCUUACAAGUUGCCGAGGCAGCUUGCAACAUCACCAACGAUUUAAAGGCGGAAUCGUUGGAGGUUUCUACCGAUAUGGAGACAAAGAUGGUACGUGAACCAUUGGGUGUUGUUGCCUCCAUCUGUCCAUUCAAUUUCCCAGCAAUGGUUCCACUUUGGUCGUUGCCCUUGAUCUUGGUCACUGGUAACACCGCCGUGAUUAAACCUUCGGAAAGAGUUCCCGGUGCAGCAAUGAUUAUCUGUGAGUUGGCUGCACAAGCAGGUGUGCCACCAGGUGUCAUCAAUAUUGUGCACGGUAAACACGCCACCGUUAACAAGCUUAUCGAGGAUCCAAGAAUCAAGGCAUUGACAUUUGUUGGUGGAGAUAAGGCUGGUAAGUACAUUUACGAAAAAGGUUCUGCUUUGGGCAAGAGGGUUCAAGCCAACCUCGGUGCCAAGAACCACUUGGUUGUGCUUCCAGAUGCACCAAAACAACAAUUUAUCAAUGCAUUGAAUGGUGCUGCUUUCGGCGCUGCUGGUCAAAGAUGCAUGGCCAUUUCUGUUCUCGUUACUGUGGGCAAAACUAGAGAGUGGAUUGAGGAUGUGGCCAAGGACGCCUCCAAGUUGAUUACUGGUUCAGGGUUUGACAAGUCAAGUGAUCUUGGCCCAUUGAUCAAUCCAGAGAGUUUGACCAAGGCCGAGUCCAUUAUCGAAGACUCUGUAAAGGCUGGCGCCAAUCUUGUUCUUGAUGGUCGUGGAUUUAGACCAGAUGAUGCAAAAUUUGCCAAGGGUAAUUUCCUUGCACCCACUAUUCUUACUGGGAUCAAGCCAGGAAUGAGGGCAUACGAUGAGGAAAUCUUUGCUCCCGUGUUAUCAGUCGUUAAUGUCGAUACUAUUGAUGAGGCAAUUGAAUUGAUCAACAACAACCCAUACGGUAAUGGUGUUUCGUUGUUCACUCAAUCUGGAGCAUACGCACAAUACUUUACCAAGCGUAUUGAUGUUGGACAAGUGGGUAUCAAUGUUCCUAUCCCCGUGCCAUUACCAAUGUUUUCAUUUACUGGUUCAAGAGGCUCAUUCCUUGGUGAUUUGAACUUUUAUGGUAAGGCAGGUAUCACAUUCUUGACUAAGCCAAAGACCAUUACUGCUGCAUGGAAAGUGCAAUCGAUAGCUGAUGACGAGAUCUUGAAGCCAUCCACCUCGAUGCCAAUCCAGCAAUAG